AUGAGCCUUUGUCGGCCUAGUCAAGGAAGAAUAUCCGAUGGAGGGGUCUUCAACAACUGUGAAUUGAACGAAAAAAUACAAAAUAAUGCACUGAACAUUCCUGAGCCCACUGAUGCCUUGCCAGCAAGAACGGAAGAAGUUCCAUAUUACUUUGUUGGAGAUGAAGCUUUUGCUCUAUCCGAAAAUAUGAUGAAAGUAUAUUCAGGAUAUCAUGAACGUGGUUCUAAAGAAAGAAUAUACAACUACCGACUUUGCAGAGCUCAUAGAGUGGUGGAAAAUGCGUUCGGCUUAUUAUCUGCAGUUUUAAGAGUUUUGCGGAAACCAAUGCUGUUAGAACCAAAACCGCAACAUCUGUUGAAACAGCAAUAA